AUGCAGACCACCGGGCGUUGCUUUGCACACCGUUGCCCCGAAACACCUCCGUCGCAGGCGAUGGCACCAAAGUCGCAGCAGCCGAAGAAGGCGACGCCUUUCAGCACGGGGGCGCGUGUGUAUUCAUUCAGUUGCCGUCUGUUGUCCAAGGACUUGCUCCCCGAUUGUGCGGUUGUUUUGGGGCAGACCUGCAGACUUGCAUCCUCCGAGGCAUCAAAGAAGGAAGGGCCCAAGGCAGAAGCAGGCGGGCCACCGAUGAAGCGACCAGCCUGCUGCAGCGAGCGCGCUGCAAGCAGCUCCGCGAUGCCCGGCAGAAGCGACACGGAGGUCAGGCCCCCAGCACUGCGCGCAACGGUGUUUGGGCAAAGCUUGUGGCAAAGUUUUCCGGUGGGUUGGGGGCAGCGCCAGGAGAUUCCAAAGAAGCCGGAGGGAAAGAGUGCCUAUGGCGCAGCACAAAGAUUUGUCCGCGGUCUUUGGGAACAAGGGUUGAUGGAGGACCAGGCAGGGAAGAAUACCAAAGCGCCCCCUGCAAAGUACAAGACACGGAUUCGCUGGCAUUUCCGGCCGG